AUGUCCUCGUCACGAAACCGCACCGGCCGCUCGGGGCCCAACCGCGGCAGCCAGCAGGGCGAGGAGUACAACCUGUGGCAGAGCAUCAAGGACGAAAUCCGCAACCACGUUGAGUUGCAGAACGCGGACAACGACGGCCUGCGCAAGAUCAUCGACCAGGACACGCGCAUGCACGAGAGCGGCGACACCAUGGACGCCGAGGCCGAAGAGAAGCAGCAGGAGGACCUGUUCCGCAAAGGGGUGCGCACGUCUGACGCCGUGCAGGACAACCUCAAGCGCGUGCUCGAGAACCUGGAGCUGCUGCGGACGAUCCAGAAACUGAAGGAGGACGAGGCCGAUGCGAAGCAGGGCGCCACGCCGUCGCGGUCGAGCCUCUUGAGCGGCGGCUCGUCGUCGCGCAGCACGGGCCGGACCAGCACGCGCGAGCGGGAAAAGGAGCGCGAGCGAGAGCGCGAGCGCGAGCGCGAACGCGACCGAGACAAGGAGCGCGACCGCGAGAAGGAGCGCGAGAAGGAAAAGGAGAGGGAGCGGGAACGGGAAAAGGAACGGGAAAAGGAGCGGGAGAAGGAGAAGGAGCGCGAAAAGGAAAAGGAAAAGGCGCAAAAGGAGAAGGACCGCGAGCGCGAGCGGGAAAAGGCAGAAAAGGAACGAGAAAAGGAGCGCGAGCUGGAGCGCGAGAAGGAGCGCGAAAAGGACCCGUACGAGUUUGAGGGCCCCGGCGACGAGAUGGACAUGGAGCCGAGCCAGGGCAGCGGCAAUGGCAAUGGCCACGGACGCAAGAGCGGUGCGGGCAACGGAAACGACCGCGGCGACCGCGGCGACCGCGGCGACCGCUCGUCCCACGCCCGCGACAGUGUUCCGCCUCGUGGCGGCGACCGCGACACGGCCUCGUCGGUGAAGGCGGACAGCGUCGAGCCACAAGGACCGGGCAGCGCCAUGACGUCGGCGGCACAGCGGUCACGCGUCAUGUUUGUGAAGGGCCAAGACGUUGUGUUCAAGCCCAAGCCGGCCAACCUCAACGACUCGGCCGAGUGGUUCCUGGGCAAGGUGCAGCAGGUGCUCGGCGAGGGCAAGUCGCGGCGCUACAAGGUCAAGGACGAAGACCCGGACGUUGCGCCGGAGCAGCGCCAGGAAUACCGGACCAGCGCCAGCAACAUGAUCCCGCUGCCGCCGCCGGGCCAGGACCUGACGGAGCUCGAGGCCGGCCGCACCGUGCUCGCCCUGUACCCGGACAGCACGACCUUCUACAAGGCAGAGGUGAUGAGCACGGACAAGGCGACGGGGCGCGUGAACCUGCGCUUCGAGGGAGAGGAGAACUCGGGCACACUGCAGGAGGUCGAGCGGCGCUUUGUUGUCGAGUACCGGAACUAG